ACAAACUAGACAGGAAGUUGGUGAAUCUCAAAGGUUGGGAAACCCCUUUCAGAUUCGUGUGACGUUUUUCAUACCCGUAAUGAACUAAAGUGACAGUGGUUACAAAUUAUCUCAUAUAUAAUGGUUGAACCAAUCUUCCAAUAUCAGUUCAGACUGAUUUUGAUCGGAGACAGCACUGUAGGCAAGUCGUCUAUCCUGAGGUAUUUCACGGACGGAAAGUUUGAAGAGCAGUGCGAUCCCACGGUUGGGGUAGACUUCUAUGCUCGUCUUAUCGAGGUGAAACCUGGAAUUCGGGUGAAACUCCAACUGUGGGACACAGCGGGUCAAGAACGAUUUAGGUCCAUCACACGGUCCUACUACCGCAAUUCAGUGGGCGUGAUGAUCAUCUAUGAUAUAACGAAACGUAGCACGUUUGAGAACAUAAAGGACUGGUAUGAGGAAUCUAAGAUGCACAUAGAGCCACAGAAGGCUGUUUACCUUGUGCUGGGCCACAAGUCCGACAUGGAAGAACAACGCCAGGUCACAGCACGGGAAGGGAGACGUUUUGCUGAAAUUCAUGGACACAAGUUUUUGGAAACCUCAGCAAAAUCUGGCAAAAAUAUUGAAGAAUCCUUUGCGUUGCUUGCGCGGGACAUAUAUCAGCAAUUGGAGGAUGGCCAUAUUAAACUGGAGGAAGGGUGGGAUGGGGUGAAGCCUGGAUUUUCUCGGCCGAAAGAUAAUCUGCAUCUUCUUGAAGGCGAUCCUGAGGGUGGUGGAUGUUGUUGAUGGAGUUACCUCCCUUAAGUCUUUCCAUCAAUUUAUGUGCAAUGGCUUGUUUAGACUUGGACCCACUAUAGAUAUUGUAAUAGUACACUACCAUCAGCAGAAGUGCUACAUAUUGCUAUCCAGUCAAUUGUACCUUGGUGUUUCAACUAUAGGUGUUGUUACUUAUAUGAUAUGUGACUCAUGUUUCUUCUAAAGGCACCAAAGGGAUUUAAGUAAUGUAAGAUAGUCUUCAUUGUAUUUGAUGUACUUACUAUUGGAUUUGUAAGGACCUUUACUAUAGAUCUGUAGGUAACUGUCUCUGUAUAACAUGCAAAUCCUUAUCAUCAUCAAACUCCUGACAUGACAUAAGGAUACAUAUAUUAUUUAAGACUGUUAAGGAUUCUAAUUUUAAUCGAGUUUGGCAUUUUGUGAUGAAGAAAAAAGUUGGUUUGGUUGUCGGUGGGUUUCUACAUUUAUGAAUGUGUUCUCAUCAUAUGAAGCAUAGAAGUACAAGUCUCGCCUUCUGUCUGCUCAAAUUUGUUGUUUAAAAAAUAAAAGAAUUGGUUCUCAGGCAAUGAAUUCAGAAAAUAUAGUGCAGACGGGUGGUGGUGGUUUUUUUGUUGCUUGUUCAAACUCGUAUGUAACCAAACCAUUUGUGUACAAUCAACCUGGGAAAGGGCCUCCCUACAUAAACAAGCAUGCAAACUCCUAUUGCCACCAUGGCGAUAACACGAGAUCGCAUUGCUUUUUAAGUAUUAGGAUUUUUUUUAUUUGAUUUUGUUUGAAAAAUGAAAUAAAAAGAAAACAUGCUACAGACUGAUGAAGCGGGUGGUGUCUGAGAACCAAGGCUAUUAAUUUUUUUAGCCUUAUUGGAAAAUGAUUAUUUGGUGUUUUAAGUAAUUCAAUUUAGUAUGCAUUGUCUUCCAAUCUGUACAUCAGAGAUGUUAAGAUCUCUCAGAAUCAGGUGGGGCAACACAGGAGAGAUACAGUGGUGUAGAGUUAUCUCCCUUUCACACUGACCAAUGAACCCAAAGAUCCAAAUGUAUAUGAUCAGUAGAAUCUUUCAGAUCCCUGAGGAAAUAAAGUUAAAACAUGAAAUGUCAUAGACAGUGAUAGGUAUAAUGUGUUAUAUGGUAAUUGUUAUGAAGCCUUGCACGUGUACGUGGUGAUGAUAUGGGAGACAAAUGAUGACGAAAUGGGAGACCAAUAUGUCUUUCUCAUCACCAUGCUAUCCCACCUAUAGUACCACUUGGACUAUAUUACUGUCUGUGUUACAAAAGUGUUCUAUCAAUAUAAUCAGAAAAUGUGUGUCAUUUAGAAUUUUGAAACACUUAUUUACCAUGCCUGACUGGUUUGUUGACGGUAAUUACGUCCAGCUGUUCCAUGUGUCUGGUUGUGUUCAGUCACACUAACAAUUCACCUAGUGUUUCAGCUUCACUCUUUAUUAUCUAGUCAACCAGAUAAUGUGGAGAGGUUUCCAUAGCAACUUUUCUGGGAUAGACAUGGCCAAGAGACUUAGUCUGAGGCUAGAAAAAAAUCUAGUUGUUUUCUCACAAAAUAAGGUUACUUCACAUAAAGCACUAGUCUGAAAUAAGGGUUGGACUAGUUGAAUAUGACCAAUGGUAUCUGGCCCUGCUUUUUAAACUUUGUUUAGAUGAAACUUCCUGUUGAAAUGGCCUGAUUAGAACAUUAACCAUGGAUCAUGAUGAUUUUAACAUGCUCAUUUGAAAUAUUGGAACUUGUUAGAAAAUUGGCAUUAACACAUUACAAGCUAAGAAUUGAAGAAUCUUUAUUAUUUUUUUGUUUUGCUUAAUACUUUGUGCGUUUUUGAUCUGCUCUAUUGAAUUUCAAGGUGUCUAACAAGCUUGUGAAACAUGUAAGCACGUAUAGCACCCUAGAGAACAGGAUUCUGUAAUGUCUCCACAAUCUCAUAUUUUUAGUAUUUUGUAUUUAAGAUUGAAGAAUUCAACAGCAACGAAUCUACAACUUUGAAAGUCAGUUUGCAAUAUAAGACAAAAAGAGUGACACAGUGUUUUGGAAAUGCAGUAAUCUGAAGGUUGCAGUAGAAAAUGACAAUCAUUUUAUAGUUGGCCGGUGGAAUGUAGAUCAACUUCUUGUUUUGAUCAAUUCAAAGGAAUGAUGUUUAGGUUUUGCUGGUUAGUUCUUGUUUGCUUUUCAAAUUCCUUUUCCAUUUUAAGAAACACAUAGGUUCGUAUGGACAGUUUUAACCCACCACUUAAUUUUACAUGGUAUGUUAGAACAGGACAUAUUGGUUUUAGACUCAUAAAUGCAACGUGGUUAAUAUUAUUUUUUCAUAAUCAAAACAAAACAAAAGAGAUUUCAAAUUUUAAGAAUUCAUUAUUUUUGUAUCCUAACCUGCUGACUGCUGUGGUUCACACACUCUUCUUGAGAACCGUACAGAAGUUGGUUUUCUAUCCUAACAGUUUUAUUUUGGUGAAAGUUUUCCCAAGUUUCUUACCAAAGAUAAUAUCUUUAUUUUUGAAGUAGCUAAUGACCUGAUCAUUACUAUGUGUAGUAGCAUGAUUAGCUUUAGACAUCCAGUUGGUAAGCUACUGCUGACAUUAAAAUACCAGAUAGCUUCUUUGAAGAGAGGCGCCAUCAAAUUUCCAAGCAAGAUGAUAAAAUGCACAUUAUGGAGAACUUGAAUAGAUUUUCAGUUAAUGAUGUUUGCUACUUUACAGUUUCGAAGUCGGAUAUUCUAAAACUUUGAUUGCAAUAUUGUCACGUGUAUAAACCCACCCCAUUGUAAUUAGAUAGCACAAUCCUAUGUACCUGUUUGUUCAGUUGGUUGAUGAGGUAGGCCUAUUGUUUUAGGUAUGAACAGACAAGAACAUGAUUCUGACAUGAUCUCAAUCAUGUUGCUUCGUUUCAGCAUGCUGUGACUGGCAGCAGGGGUGGGCCAGUGGGCAAUGCAAUGCAGUUCAUGUGCUGCAGAUGCCAGGAUCAGCUGAUAGUGGGUUUGAAUCCCAGAUUUGCCCUGAUUAUGAUCCUUGGUCUGUCAGCACCAGACCCUUGCUUGUGGGUUCACAUUACAACACAGCUACUCUUAGCUCUCCUCUAAUUGCCAUAUUACAUUUGUGGGUCAUCUGUGUGCAUUUUUAUCCCGCAUACUCCAUGCUUGUUCUCAAAACUGGUAUGAUCUUGUGGCUUUUGUAGCUUCAGACUAUUUCCUAUUGUCAGUCACGAACUGUUCAUGGCUUCAAAUUACAAAACAGAACCAUCAUUCUCCUUCAUUAUUGACGUUUUCAAAAAGACAUUAGUCAAUUAAAUUUGACAGAAGGAUAUAAAAGUUUCUUGAGAUGGACCCAUGACAAAUGUGUCCCCCUUCUUGACUGCAGGUACUGGAUAUAUAUAUUUAUUAUGUUGAUCUGAACUCACAAAAACUGUUCAUUUCCAUGUAUCUGAACUUCCCUUCAUGUUUGGGCUUCUGACUCCACAAUAUAGACUAGAAUAUUUACAGGAACACUACCUUCAUCUUUCUUCUUAGCCUUGUAUCAUGUAGGACUUUUGUUCUUUAUGAAUGUGUGUGCUAUUCACCAUUUUCUCCGAAAUUUUUGUAGCUGGUUGCAGCGGUGGAGCUUGGUAUGACUGCAAGGAUACAAUUUGAUGCAGAGUUUGAUAGUGACCAGGCAUUGCAGUGUGUGAUGGAGGGUGUAUGUGUGAUGAUGAUGAUGAUGAUGAUGAUGAUGAUGAUGACGACGAUGAAUAGCUUGUGAUGAUGGCAGAUAAGGAGUAUGUGCAAGUCUUGUGUAUGGGCUGUAUAUUAUCACUUCAUAUGUGUUGUCUGUUACCAUGGUUACUGUGGAUCUGUAGCUCACCUAGCAUGACUUCGUUAAUAGAACAUACUUGAAAUCUUGAUCCCACUUGAUGCAUUGUCUUCCACUGUGUUCAUCAAAGAUCUAAAUGACAUCUUUAUUUCUACAAAUUUCAAGGUCUGAGUAAUAACUCACUUAAUUGUUCUUGAUUGUUGUUUUCUAGGUUGCUGUGUGUUAAUUAAAAACUGAUAAAGCUAAUUCCUGCAAGGUACCAUAUCCAAAAUAUUUUUAGAUAAAUAGGUCACAUAACCUCUUCCCGAGGCAAGGGAGUUAACUGACUGUAAGAGUCCUGUUUCCACCCUUUCCGAACUAGGCUUAAGUUUCUGGGCUCGGUCGUAGCCCCACCAGUGGCUAUUACGCAAUUAUAUCUCUUCUAUAUCCCUCCUAUUGAUGAAUCCGAUCAUCUCUCAUAUAUCACUUGCAUUUACUUCAAAUAAAAUGACGUUUCCUAGUGAAGACAGUCUGAUGAAGUUGUGGGAUAGCCUUGUGGUUAAAGCGUUCGCUCUUCACGCCGAUGGCCCAGGUUCAAUUCCCCACUGGUUACAAUGUGUGAAGCCCCACCUGGAUAUUACUGGGAUAUUGCUCAAAGCGGCGUAAGACCAUACUCACUCACAUAGGGAUGACAGGAUGGACACGAGAGACCCAGAAACGCAAUCAUCUAGAUUUUAGCAGUUUGCAUCAUUUAUUACUUUAUUACCUGAAAUAUUAUUUCAACACACAUUCUCCUGCUUUGAACAUAUUGGCAUUAAGUUUAUCCUGUCGAAGUAAGCAGGGCAGGGCAAUGAAGGAGUAUAAGUUCUUAUCCAUGAAAAUGUUUUGGUCGUGUUCUAGAACUUCUAAAUGCCAAUCAAACAUUUACACAGCUCGUAGUGUUCAAUGGAGGUUUUUAGGUGAGUUACAUGUUCACAAUAUAUUACAUGUAUGUUGUCUUGGAACAGCUCCAUCUACAGUCCCGGCUGUAACUCUCUUUUUUUGUGUGCAUGCAGUAGGAGGUGCAAGACAUGGAUGCUUGUGUCAGUAUUACUUCAGUGAGCUUGUUUCAGGAGCAUGCGAGUUGAUUUUGUUUCAUAUUGAGCAAAUGUUUGAUUGGAUUUGCUUUCAUUAUCUUGCACUUUUUCAGUGUACACAUGCUGCUGUAAGCUUUCUUUUUUGUAAGGGUUAACAGAAAAAAAUCACUGAGGGUUAUGGCGGUUCUAAGAUCAGGGGGGCGGUCGGGUAGCCUAGUGGUUAAAGCAUUCGCUCGUCACGCCGACAACCCGGGUUCGAUUCCCGACAUGGGUACAAUGUGUGAAGCCCAUUUCUGGUGUUCCCCGCCGUGAUAUUGCUGGAAUAAUGCUAAAAGCGUACUCACUCACUCUAAGAUCAGGUCAGUACGUCAUGAUUUACACUUUAGGCUUUUCCUCAUCUGAAUAUCAAGAAACGGCUUAACCAUGUAAAUGUAGGCAAAUACAGCUGAAAGAGUUUCUUUAACUAUAGAAGGACAAUGUGUGACAAUGUCUUAUGCAAAUUUAGUGAAUCGGUGCAUGUUUUUUUGUAUACACUAGAAUAAGUGUACUUAUGCUUCUUUGCAAUCUUUGGAAACAAGAAUGAUUUAUGCUUCAAGAAAUAACAUAACCAAGCCUGCCAGAUUAAAAAUGCUUCAAGUAUUCAACAUGUGAGAAAGACUGUUGACAUAUUGCAACAAUGUGUAGAUGUGGCUAAUUAUUAUAUUAGGUGUUGUAACUGUUACAGUUGGCUGUACUGUCUAACUCAAACAAUACCCCAGAGUUGUACUCAGACAUGGUUGCUGGAGUGUGUUGUGUUGAUGGCGGUGUGUUGAUGAUAUCUGUGUGUGACGUGUAGUGUGGCCUGCCAAUGGUAAACAAACCGUUGGGUGAAAUUACAUGUAGUAAAACACUGGUGAAGAGGGAUGGAAAUCAGCGCCUUUAUGUUGAUUGGUUUUCACUAUCACUACAUAUAUGUAACCAAAUAUUUCACAUGCCAAAAUUACUGUGCGUGUAUAUGAUGCUUGUUGUGGUAUGUGCAGGCUGAGUGUUGGUAGGCACGUAAUUUGAUACGGUGUAUGUCUAUUCAACAUUCAUGAUUUGACAGAUUUGUAUGUUUUCUGUACAAUAUCUUAGUGGGCAUGAUUGUAGUGGUGUGAUGCUGUCAUAGUGUGAUACGGCUCACAAUAUUCCAGUGUUGCACAAUGUCCAAUAAACAAUGUGAUCGUUCUGCAUGGACACUUUAGUAAAGGAUACAUGUAAAUUUGAGUGCUACUUCAUUGCUACUUCAUUGCAAGUCUCUGGUUAGUUAGGUUUAAUUACAUAUUUGCAUUCAAUUUCAUAAAUCAAAUUUCAAGGUUUGCGUUUUGAUGAAUGUAUACGAUGUCUGUAUUUUAUUAUGCUACAGUGCUGUUACUGCGAGGUUUGAUUGUGAUUCUUGGUACACUGCAAGAUACUUGUCUGACAUAUUUGUUUAAUAUUUACACACAACAGAGGGACAAAGCUGAAAAACAGUACAAAUAAGGAAUUUAUUAAAUACACCCCCCACCCUCCUUGAAUAAUUAUGAGUCAAGUGAUAGUGGCAGCCGAAAAGAAUGGCCCCUUUGUUUCCAAAAUGGCGGAUGGUAUCCUGUAUACUGCAGUCUGAUUUUAUUAUGAAUUGGUAGAAUCACAUUGAUAUUGUAGAUUGAAUCAAGAACUGAAUGGCAAUGAAUUAAUGAAGCAUUUCACCUCUAUUAUAUAUGACAUGAUAAUAAUCAUUUAUGAUGUUAAUGAAUCAGGGUCGAUAAGUUACAUAUCGGUUUUGACUGAUAUCUUGCAGAUUAUAUCAUUAGAACCAAGUUCAGCAUAUUAUGUGAAUCACUCAUUUAUGUUUCACGUAUCACACACUUGCCAUGUUUCACCUAGCUGUGAAAAUGUUUAGCAAAUAUUUAGUAACCAUGAUAACCAAUUUAAGAUUAUGAACUAAAACAACAUUUUUUCCCAGUGUUUGGAAAUAUGGAAUAAUGUAUUAACAUCAAUUGUUAAAAGAUAUAUAUUUAUUAUAAUAGCUGAAACAAAUUAUUGGAUUAAAUACAUGCACCAUGACAUCAAUUAUCAUUCUGUAUAUAUGAUUUUCAGAUGUUGAUAUGUUGUUGCUUUUGUUGUAUAAAUUCUUUAUUACCAAAGCAUAGUAUAGUUAAAUUCCAUGGCAUUGGUGUUUUGUUAUCUCCUGGCUUGUCUGAAUAUGUAUGUAUUGCAAAGGUGGACACUAAUAUCGAUUGCAUAUGUAUGUAUUGUAAAGGUGAACACUAAUAUCAGAUGCAUAUGUAUGUAUUGUAAAGGUGAACACUAAUAUUGACUGCAUAUGUAUCUAUUGUAAAGGUGAACACUAAUAUCAGUUAUGUAUGUAUUGUAAAGGUGAACACUAAUAUCAAUUACAUAUGUAUGUAUUGUAAAGGUGAACACUAAUAUCAAUUACAUAUGUAUGUAUUGUAAAGGCGAACACUAAUAUCAAUUGCAUAUGUAUGUAUUGUAAAGGUGAACACUAAUAUCAAUUACAUAUGUAUGUAUUGCAACAGUAAACAUUAAUAUCAAUUGCAUAUGUAUGUAUUGUAAAGGUGAACACUAAUAUCGAUUGCAUAUGUAUGCAUUGUAAAGGUGAACACUAAUAUUGAUUGCAUAUGUAUGCAUUGCAAAGGUGAACACUAAUAUCGAUUGCAUAUGUAUGUAUUGUAAAGGUGAACACUAAUAUCAGAUGCAUAUGUAUGUAUUGUAAAGGUGAACACUAAUAUUGACUGCAUAUGUAUCUAUUGUAAAGGUGAACACUAAUAUCAGUUAUGUAUGUAUUGUAAAGGUGAACACUAAUAUCAAUUACAUAUGUAUGUAUUGUAAAGGUGAACACUAAUAUCAAUUACAUAUGUAUGUAUUGUAAAGGCGAACACUAAUAUCAAUUGCAUAUGUAUGUAUUGUAAAGGUGAACACUAAUAUCAAUUACAUAUGUAUGUAUUGCAACGGUAAACAUUAAUAUCAAUUGCAUAUGUAUGUAUUGUAAAGGUGAACACUAAUAUCGAUUGCAUAUGUAUGCAUUGCAAAGGUGAACACUAAUAUCGAUUACAUAUGUAUGUAUUGUAAAGGUGAACACUAAUCUCAUUUGCAUAUGUAUGUAUUGUAAAGGUGAACACUAAUACCGAUUGCAUAUGUAUGUAUUGUAAAGGUGAACACUAAUACCGAUUGCAUAUGUAUGUAUUGUAAAGAUGAACACUAAUAUCGAUUACAUAUGUAGGUAUUGUAACAUACAUAGGUGAACAUUAAUAUUAAUUACAUUUCUAAGUGGUUAUGGAUUGUACCUCUUGUUUCAAGGAUUUUGUUAUUUUGUUAAAUCAAAAUAAUUUCAUAUCUUCAAAUAAGUACUUGGAUGUAUUUAGACCAGAUUCCUGGUGAAGGUUAAUAUUUCCAUUUUUAUUGUACAUUUAUGUACAUGUAUGGCUGAUGGAUGCAUUUUAGCAGAGCUUAAUGUUGUUGAGUUUUACCAUUUUACUUUUAUUGAACAACAACACUUCUUUGUGGAGCUUUGAACAAGCUGACAUAUCGGAGGCAAGAAGACAAUAGGUGUUUCUACCUUAGUUUGGGAUGCUUCUUGUAGAAUAGUUUGAUUGGUUAAUCACCUAAAACACAUCAAAUGUUGAUGCCAGUGAAAAUGACUUGUGCUAUGGCUAGAAGAUCUUACUUGAAUGAUACUCAGUUCUUGCAGUACAAUGGUUUUAUUAGUUUUUUGAUGAUUUAUUGUUUUGUUUUUUAUUUACAUUAUUGAUUUGAAAUUGUCCUUCAAAACUCAGCCAAUUCAGUGAGUAAUAUACUUAAGGAAGAACUAGGGUCAAGUGACAAUCCUUGCAAGAUUGCCUCAAUUCAUUCUAAGCCCCCUUUGUCUGCAAAUUUAAACAUAUGAUAUAUGUCAACCAGGUAGUUAAUGAUUUUCCCACUGACAGUGUCUCAGUUUCACACAGUUCUCUCACACACCAUUUUGUCCUUGAACUUCAUGAUGUAGAUCAAUCUAGCAGUUAAUGUCACUGAUUACACAGAGACAAUGUUUUGAUCUCUUACACUGCACUAAUUAUGUUUAGAUCUGGACUGAAGGGCACCAGACAGUGAAGCAUGACACCCCACCUCACCACACCCCACCCCACAAAUCUAGUGUUUUGUGACUACAUUUAUUUUUCCAAACCUCACCUGAAUAACUUGUAUAACAAUAUUAUUUGUGACAUUAUUUCUAUAUUGGUGCAGCUUAUUGAACAAAUGAAAAUCUGUUGCUGUCCCAGGAAGCAGUGACACCUGAGCUUAAUGUGACAAAUGAAAAAUAGAGAAACAUUUUUACCAAGGUUAAAGUUCAUUUCCCUGCUUUCAUCAUGGAAUUGUGACGUUGAGUUUACACCAUGACAUAUAACAGAGGUGGCAAGGAUCGAAACACGUCCAAGAUUAACAAGACACUUUGAUUUUUCACAACCAGGUGACUGUGUUAAGCACAGCCUCAAUCAGCCUCAAUAAAACUACAAUAUUUUGUUUGUGUUAAUUUACGAGGAAGUUCAUUGUUCUUUCGGAUUAAAUUAAAUAUUACGUUAUCUCAGUGACAAAACAGUGCAGUAUGUGUGCUGUGGUAUUCUGAUUGCAUUGUUUAAUGGUUUUCUGUGUAGUUAUUUGGAAACAAGAAUAUUCUUAAUUGCUAAAUGUAUUGGAUUUCAACUGUAAAGAAUUUGCAUUCUACCAAACACACACCUCAAUAUAUCACACAUGUAUCAAUACCCACAGCUCUCUCUAUAUUACAUGUAUAUCCAUAUCCACAAGUGUGUGUAUCACAUGUAUAUCUGGUACUGUUGUGUGGUGGCCAGUAUCUUUCAGUUGCUACUUGCCAUAUGCAUACCUGUCUGUUAAUAUGUGUUGUAAGUGCAAUAUCAUUAUUGUUUUAAAUGCAGCCAGUGGUUUUUGGUUGCCUGUUGCAGUUGUAAACACUGGUAUGCACUAUAGUGUUGAUAAUAAUAAAGACAUUCAUGCAGUC